AGCCACGAACCUCGCGAUCCAGCUCCACGACGCGGGCCAGCUGCACGACGCGGAGCCCCACUACCGCCAGGCGGUGAAGGGGUGCAAGGAGCAGCUCUCUGGGCUGCACCCGUACACGCUGAGUGCGCAGAGCAAUCUGGCGGGCUUGCUGGUCGAUUUGGGUCGGAAGGAGGAGGCCGAGACGCUGUACCGCGAGGUUUUGAAGGGCCGCCGCCAGCUGCUGUCCAACCUGCACCUGAAGACGUUGCAAACCGCCUCCCUGCUCGCCCUGCUGCUGGCGUCCUCGGGUGGCCUGGAGGAGGCCGAGCUGCUCUUGCGGGAGGCCAACGACCCCAACGACGGCUUCUGGAUCGUGCACGACUGCUUGAAUUCGGUUGUCGUCAUCCCCUCCAGCUACAUGGUGACGAUCGUUGGCACGCGCGACAAAGAUGGGGGCGGCGCCCAUGGUCUUCGCUGGGGCGUUCUGGACGCGAACGCUGGAGAUGCCGCGGAGGCGACCCUGGAGUACGCGACGUCUAUCAUGGAUGCGCACCCUGACUUGUGGGCGGGCGGCUACGCCAAGUGGGCGGUGAUUCUCAGGGGCUUCGCUCCUGUGCCAGUGGCAGAUGUGUGAGUGGCGCUGAGUGGCGCUCAGUUCCAGACCUGCUGGCGCCUUGCGGGCAUAGUUUGCCUGGCUGGGGGCCGCGUGCCAAGGGAAUGUGGCCGCUGCGAUGUCUUGAGAUUUGAAAGUGCCCUCGAGAGACUAGAGAGCACCAUGUUGCAGGAAGGUGCGU